GAAGAAGAAGAGCUCGCGUCUAUCAAACAAAACCGGUGUGCCAGCUAGUCAGUUGCAAGAUGGAAGUUCUAACAAAGAGGAAAAGACCUCGGCGCUUCUGUGAACAUUGCGACACUACACUUUCUAAUACACAGUAUUAUGACCACAGAAAGCUCUAUUUCAAAAAUGGAGUUUGGGAGAAAAAACACAAGGACUAGGUCAGAUAACGCACGGAGCCUGUUGCUAUCCAGUCAUGACCCAACCGGCAGGAGUUAUGUUCAACCUGGAGUUGGAGAGAUUGAUGAAGGUGAAAUGCAGUCCGAGGACCCAGAAAAAGAAGUGAUGGAAGAAAUGCACCCAGCGACUGACUGUUCAGACAACGCUGCCUGUAAGACGUAUUAUGAGACGGUACGCAGGAGCUUCAGACAUACGCAGCCAGAGAACACGUUGCGGACGGAAGCUGCCAAGCAUUCAGCUCGGAGUCAAUUAAAGAGAAAGAGGCUGCUGGAAUCCAGGCAGAGUGUGCUAGCUGAUGAGGAAGUGGAACUCUGGAAGUCCGCCACCGUCGACCUCAUGUCUGACGAAGAAGAUGGCGUCGUUGGCGGGGUUUCUGGAUGGAUUGUACGGUCGCCGCCAUUUUGUAGGCCGGAUCUCUCUGAACCCUGUGUUAAGCUGCAGUCCCGGUUAGAGGCGAUGGCAAAGUACAGAGCCACGCACAGUAGGCGUCUGCACAUCGGACCUGCCUCAGUGGGAAUGCUGCCAGUUACCUCCAACCCCGAGGAGAAAAAUGGACAGUUCACGGAGUUGUAA